AUGGCUACCGACACAUCAGAUUUGAAUCUGGAUGCCCCAAGUGACCUCCAAGAUAUUCCAGAUGGCGACAUGCAAUUGAUUCCGCCCCCUGAAGCAACCUAUCCAGACAAGACAACCCUUUUAGCAGCAGUGCAUGCUCACGGCAAGGCACAUGGCUAUAGAGUCGUUGUCAAGUCUUCCAGUACACCCAACGACAAGAAACCUGGCAGGACGUCAAAGGUCUGGCUUCGCUGUGACCGCGGCGGCCAGUAUCGCCCGCGCAAUGGACUCACAGAAGAAACGCGGAAGCGAAGACGCACCUCCCGACUGACAGAUUGCCCAUUCUCCCUUCUCGCGGCUGGUACGCCGGGUUUCUGGACGUUGACUGUCACUGAUCCAACGCACAAUCAUGGUCCGGUGAUUGAAAGGCCGCGGCCGGUUAUACAAAAGUUUAAGAAAGGCCAGAUUGCGGCUCAGCCGUAUGAUUGGCCUCAUGAUGCUACUUUUACGCCUUUUACGACUGCACUUGUCAUUAUUGAUAUGCAAAAGGAUUUCUGCGCUCCCGGAGGAUACCUAGAGUAUCAAGGAUAUGAUAUUUCUCCCUCACGGGCGAUCAUCCCAAGAUUACAAAACCUAUUACAAAGUUUUCGAGCUGCUGGAUUCCCCAUAUACCAUACUCGAGAAGGCCACCGCCCAGACCUUUCCACCCUUUCCAGCAGAGAAAAUCAUCGAUCCCGUAACAACCCAUCUGCGCUGGGCAUCGGCUCCCAAGGACCACUAGGCCGACUCCUAAUCCGCGGAGAAGUGGGCCACGACACCAUCGACGAACUCUACCCACUACCCGACGAACCAGUCAUCGAUAAACCGGGUCGCGGCGCAUUUGCUCAUACAGAUUUUGAGUUAUUACUCCGCAACAAGGGCGUCCGAAAUCUGCUUCUCACAGGCGUAACUACAGAUGUCUGCAUUUCCACGACGAUGCGCGAAGCGAAUGAUCGAGGCUUUGAUUGCGUCGUUGUUGAGGAUGCGUGUGCCGCUACCGAGCCAUCGCUGCAUGCCAGCACCUUGGAUUCCAUCAAAAUGGAAGGUGGCAUUUUUGGAGCCGUGACUUCGUCGGAGGAUGUGAUGCAAGCUCUGGAUACGUUCAAGAGUGUCACUGUGAAGAAACUGGCGCCUCAAAUUGCGGCUCAGAUGGCGACUUAG